GUUGGGUACCAGAAGCGUCGGAGAAACCCAGCUCGUAGCCGCGGGUUUGAAAGAAGCGGGUGCCUGAGCACAGCCCGGAUCUUAGGGGAGGUGAUGAGGAACCAUGGAAUUGACCGGAGAGAGGAGCAGCGUGGGCCCACCUGUGCUUGAAGGGCAUCCUUUUGGGAAUUUCGUGGGGAAAUAGAUUACUGAGGGGACUGGCGGCGUUGAGACCAGCGGGGAGGGUUUCUGGCUGAAAAGGCGUCCCCCAGGGGGCCAGUGAUGAGGGCGGAGUUGAACAUAGGGACUUUUUCUGUUUAGGGGUCUUCCGGGUGGAGUAGGGGAAACAUCUCCAAAGAACAACACCCCAGCCGUUGGAAAUGAUGACAGUUCUGGCCAGAAAACAAAGGACUCGAGCUCUUUCUUGAGGAUAGUAUGCUAAUGACUUAAAAUUUGGAGCAGGCUGUUUUAAAAUUCAUAUUUUAAGAUGGUCUGCCUGAAAUUCUUUUUAAGGUAUGGUAGCUUUAAAUGGAUCCAAUUUUAAAUUGGUUCAAAUCAUUUUUCUUAGUGGAUUUCCUCAGGAAAAGGCUAGAAGGCUAGGUGAGAAAUAUUGGACAAGAAGGAAGAUGUGGUUAAAUUUUGUGGAAAUGAAAAUCUGUUUCACUGGAUACCUACUAUUUUAAAUUUCUGACCAAAAGGAUUCCACAGAACCCAAAGUAUCAGCAUGUCAAGACUAGACUUGACACUGGUAGCAGUAUGACCAAAUACACCGAGAAACUAGAAGAGAUUAAAAAAAAUUAUAGGUACAAAAAAGACGAGCUUUUCAAAAGGCUGAAAGUUACAACUUUUGCCCAGUUGGUCAUCCAAGUUGCUUCCUUGUCUGAUCAAACAUUAGAAGUGACAGCAGAAGAGAUUCAAAGGCUAGAAGAUCAUAAUUCUGCCCUUGCCAUUUCCAAUGCUGAAGACAAGACCAAUGGGAAAGGCAGUCCCACUGAGAAGCCAUCCACCCCCAUCGAGUUGGUCGGCAAUGUCGGGGCCGGGGAAUCAAACCGCUCAACGCUGCAGAGCGUCAUCAGUGGUGUUGGAGAACUGGACCUAGACAAAGAGUCGCUGAAGAAAACAGAGCCCAGCUCUAAAGAUAAACCUUAUCCCGAUUGUCCCUUCCUGCUGCUAGAUGUCCGAGAUAGAGAUUCUUAUAAUCAGUGCCAUAUUGUUGGAGCUUACAGUUAUCCAAUUGCCACCUUGUCUAGAACCAUGAACCCUUAUUCAAAUGAUAUUCUUGAGUAUAAAAAUGCCCACGGCAAGAUUAUCAUCCUCUAUGACGAUGAUGAGAGGCUGGCCAGCCAAGCAGCUACCACCAUGUGCGAACGAGGAUUUGAGAACCUUUUCAUGCUUUCUGGAGGUCUAAAAGUCUUAGCUCAGAAAUUCCCCGAGGGACUGAUUACUGGGUCAUUGCCACUGAACUGCCAGCAAACACCAAAUCCUGGGUCUGUCCGAAAGCGAUCCAGCACCAAAAUGCAAACUCUGUGUGCUGAGAAUAAGUGGAGAUUUACCUCAGAAGAUUUAAAAAAAAUAGAAUAUUAUCUGGAAGAAGAGCAAGUUCCUCUGGAAACCCCUGGCCGACUGAGCCGGGGCAACUCCUCUGUCCGGGAUCUCAAGGUCCCAGGUGGCAGUUCCUCUGGAAGGGACGUCAAGGCCACAGCUGUCCGCAGCAGUCAGAGCCUGCCUACCGGCAACCCCACCAGCAGCCUGAACCCUCGCUCGUUUAGCAGCGGCAACCUUCAGAGCAAACCCUGGAAGUAAAGAACUUGUCAAAUAAAUUCUCUCCCAUUUGUGGGAGCCCCUAAGCACUUCCCAAGUUGGUAACUUCUUCAGAAGGCAGACAUGGGUAAUGGAGACCUCCUCGGGGAGGACCAGUGACCGAGGUAGAGAUGCGUGACAGGCUUUAGUUCUUCCCUGCUGUUUACAGAGUGUUGGAGUCAUCGGCUCAAAUAGGAAAAAGAACUGUCUGAGGUGUCUCUUGUCUGCAGUGUGCCUCCAGCCUGUUUACCUGUAUCCCCAUUUCCCCCUUGUAAAUACUCCAUUCACGUCCGCUAGUUGGGGUCUCCCAAUAUAUCUUCUCUUUCCAUUUAUGAAGGAAUCCAAACCUUCGAGAUGACUUCUUGAGAAGUUGUCCUGGGAAUUCCCAGUGACUCUUAGAACCCGUCCUGCUGGCUGUUUCCACAUCAGGUGUUGAGCCACGCCCUUGCAAGCCGUCUUCCCCAGCACAGGUGCAGGUCGUGUCAUGAACCUGUGGGCUGGUGGUUGGGUGUCCAGAUGUCCAAACAUUUGAGGACGUAGUGGAACAACUCCCUAGGACUUGGGAAUUGUGUCUUCCCUUUGGUGACGGUGUUUACUCAUCCGUAGCAUAGAGGGAUUGUUACUGUACAAGAACCCAAAGGGUUUAUCAGGUUUAAAUUGCAGUCUCCUCCUAGACUCCUUGAUGGUAGUGCAGUAGAAAAUAUGGUGACUGGAAGUCAUCACUUUCCCACACUGGAGCUUUUGAUUGGGGGGGACGGGGGAGUUCUAUUUCUUUGUCCAAGUCUUCAGCUCCUAUGAGUCUUUGCUUGUGUUCUGUGUACCCUUGCACAUCCUGCUUCCGGCCCCAGAUAUACAGUAUUAGCUGAAUUGUGUAAUCUGUCCAAUUCCUUCCUUAUUUCUCAUUCCUGUGACUGAGCUCUGACUAUGGAGUUAUGAGAGUAUUGGUUCUGGCUUAAGCUAGAAUUUUAAUUCAAUAUUAACCAAAUUGCUAGUUGGCUGACUAAUUGAUUCUGUUUGGCUUGUCAAGAAGAAGAUUUGGGUAAAGGUAAGGGAUUCUGAAAUAUUUAUGGCCUGCAAUCUAUAGUUUUGAAAUGGAAAUAAUUGUCAUGGCAAUGUGAUUUUUCAAAAUCCAAAUGAAAAAUUCUUCUCCUUGUUUUGCUUUGCCUUGACUUUCUUUUUUUUUCUCUUCACAGUCAAGUUCCCCAGGGACACAGCCCUCGAGGGUAAGAGAAUCAAAUGAACACAGUUAGACAGUAUUUCAGAGAGUCCUGUGAGAAAACAGCUUAUCUGAAUUAGGGUCUGCUAAAAUGUAGCUCUUUGUUUUCAUUUCUUAAAUGUAGUAUUUUCCUGGAUGUAGGAAUCAGACUUUUCCAAGACAUUGUGAAGAAGCAGGGGCCAAGCCAUGCUUGAAAAAAAUGUUCAAGAAUUGUCUUAUUAAAAUUCAGCAGAUGUUUCUGCAAAAUACUUGUUGCCUAAGACCCUCAGUUAGCCUUUCAGCUGAUGCCAAAAUGCUCCAGUGUUUAUUUCUUCUUUAAGGCACAGAUAGAAAAAGGCUUUUUUUUCCCUCCCAGCCCUAUGUACUCCUGAAAAAAUCAGUAUAUCCCAAGCUUAACAAGAUUUUUCAGUCAUUGGAUGUAAUUUUUAAGGAAAAAAAUCUGUUCUGCUCCAGAACAAAACACUCACUGCUCUGCCAUUUGAGAAUGGCCAGUCAGGAGUAUAUUCACCUUCCUGCCCCCAUUUUGAAAGUCAAUCAAUGUCUGCUAACAGUUUUGCUCUUUGUUCCCCUUGCUCCUAUGACCACAUGACACUAGAUUAUUAGAGACUUUAUUAUCUGUACAUAUUUUUGUCGUAGGUUAAUUGAACCUUUUAGGAUUGCUGCAUGUUUUAAGUUUCAGAUGUAUUUAACAAAGUUGAAUGUAUUUUAUAAAUACUUUUGCAUAGAUGUAAUCGACCUCUGGUCCCGUUGGUAGGGUUUUUAAAUUAACUGGGCCUCAAAAGAUCUGUGCUGAUUUUGCACCUUAAAUCAGACAUCCUGGAUAAUUUUUCAUUUUAUGUUUCAACUGUUUUUUAAUGUUUUCCCUUUAAUAGUUUCCUCAUUAGCUUAUUGGUAUGUUUGUAUUGUUGUUCAAUUGAUCAGUGAUACUCUGUGUGAUUAAGAUUGUUUGCAGAUUAAAGUACAAUGCACAGCAAUUUUGUUGUUUGAUACUGAUAUCCUGUAACAUACCAAUCUCACUCGUCCAAUCUGAUGAGACAGCAUUUUUUGGUCCUUAUUAGACAAAUGCAAUCUGAGAGAGGGAGUACUGUUUAAUUUGAAAAGAGAGAUGAGCCCAGAUUCAAUUCUAAGCCAAUGUGUUAAGGCCCUAGCCACUUAGGGCUCUUGAAUAUGCUCUUUCACUUGCUCACUACUGAGAACAACCUUAAGCUAAUUAUUACUUGUUUUGGUUAGUGUGCCAUGAGGUUAAUAGCUGUCAGUACAGGGGGCUUGAAACUCCAUGGACGGGAGGUGUUUUAUCAGUAUAAACUUAGUGUGACUAUGACUUCAUUUGAGCAAAAGUGAUAGCCAGAAUUUCAACCAUCUGGUUAAAUAAUUUUAAAGUGGAGUUGGUAAAAAAA